CACUUCCGGGGUCCUCCAAGCACUUCCGGGGCACGAUGAGGCCUGUGGUGGCGCGCGGCCUCUGCCGGGCCUGGGCGGGCGCCCGCGGCCUGCACCGGACAGCGCCGACGCGCGGCCCCCCCCUGAUCCCCAUCGUGGUGGAGCAGACGGGCCGCGGGGAGCGCGCCUAUGACAUCUACUCGAGGCUGCUUCGGGAGAGAAUCGUCUGCGUCAUGGGCCCGAUCGAUGACUCCCUGGCCAGCCUGGUCAUUGCCCAGCUCCUGUUCCUGCAGUCCGAGAGCAACACGAAGCCCAUCCACAUGUACAUCAACAGCCCCGGCGGGGCGGUGACGUCGGGGCUGGCCAUCUACGACACGAUGCAGUACGUGCUGAACCCGGUGUGCACGUGGUGCGUGGGGCAGGCGGCCAGCAUGGGCUCCCUGCUGCUGGCGGGGGGGGCCCCCGGGCAGCGCCACGCGCUCCCCAACGCCCGCAUCAUGGUGCACCAGCCCUCGGGGGGGGCACGGGGCCAGGCCACCGACAUCGCCAUCCAGGCCGAGGAGAUCCUGCAGCUCAAGCGCCAGAUCAACGGCAUCUACGCCAAGCACACGGGGCAGCCGCUGAGCGUCAUCGAGGCAGCCAUGGAGCGGGACCGGUACCUGAGCCCCGUGGAGGCACAAGAGUUCGGGCUCCUGGACCGGGUCCUGGUGCAUCCCCCCCCCCGCGGCGAGGACGAGCCCCGGUUGGUGCAGAAGGAGCCCCCCCCCGCUCCCUCUGUACCCCCCAACCCCUCCCCAGCCUCCUGA